AUGACUGUCUCGGAAAUCGCGAACGGCCACACCCCAGCCAAUGGAGUGGCUGCUGGCAACCAGCCCAAGAACUGGAUGCCGUGCAGCGACCAGCCGGCGUUUGCUCGCAGAAAGCUGAAGAUUAUUUGCAUCGGGGCCGGCUAUUCGGGGCUGACCCUGGCCCAUAAGAUCGAGCAUGAGCUGAAGCUGAGCGAUGUGAUCGAACUCGUCAUCUAUGAAAAGAACCCCCAGGUCGGUGGCACCUGGUUCGAGAACACCUAUCCAGGAGUGGCCUGUGAUAUCCCUGCUCAUGCCUAUACGUUCCUGUUCGAGCCCAAUCCGAACUGGUCGCACUUCUACCCCCCUGGCGCCGAGAUCGAGGAGUAUAUUCAGCGCACGGUGAAGAAGUACAAUCUGGACAAGGAUGUCCAGUUCAAUUCCCGCGUCAAGGAGACUAUCUGGGACGACAACGCGGGUAAAUGGCUGGUACGGGUUGACCAGGCUGGCACCAUCAAGGAUGACGAGGCCGAUAUCCUCGUCAAUGCUUCUGGAUUCCUCAACAAAACCAACUGGCCCCAGAUCGAGGGCUUGUCCGACUUUAAGGGCAAGCUAGUCCACACCUCGCGAUGGGACAACUCCUACGACUGGACCGACAAGCGCGUUGCGGUGAUCGGAAAUGGCUCGUCCGGCAUCCAAUGCGUCGCAGCCAUGCAGCCCAAGGUCGCCAAGCUGGUCAACUUUGUCCGCAAUCCUACCUGGGUCUCGGUCAACUUUUGCGCGGAGAAGACCAUCGACGGCCACAACUUUGCCUACACCGAGGAGCAAAAGCGACAGUUCGCAGAAGACCCCGAGGCGCACUUGAACGUCAACGCAUUCUUCUACGGAAUGUACAAAGACCAUCCUAUCCAGCUCGGCCUGACCGCAGCCUGCAAGCAGCAGAUGGCCGACCGCAUGAAAGGCAUCCAAGACCCCACCGUCGUGGCCAAGAUGUCCGAGCUGGAGUUUCGCCCUGGAUGUCGGCGUCUCACCCCCGGCGACGGAUACCUGGAGGCCUUUGCUAACCCCAACGCGACCAUGACGUUCGACCCGAUCGAGCGCAUCACUGAGCGCGGCGUGAAAACGGUCGGCGGCGACGAGCAGGAGUUUGACAUGAUCGUCUGCGCGACUGGCUUCGACACCAGCUUCAUUCCGUCGUGGAAGCUCGUCGGCCGCAACGGCGCCGUCCUCGAUGAGCGCUGGAAGACUGACCCGGAGGCAUUCUUCGCGGUGCAGGUCGAUACCAUGCCGAACUACUUUAUCUUCAACGGGCCCAACUGCCCGAUCUCCCACGGGUCGGUGUUGACGCAGGUGUCGUGGACGUGCGACUACAUCCUGCGCUGGGCGAAGAAGAUUGCCACUGAGGACAUCAAGUACGUACCUCCCUGUGCAUUCAUUUGGUUUCCUGGGCUCUACUGA